AUGCAAGAAGCUCAAGCUCAUAUUUUGGAGAUCAUCAAGGAUCAGGUAAGGCUUUUGGCACUGUUUAUCGUUUUUUGUGAUUUUAGGUAACAAAUGUCUAAAAUUCGAGGUCUAGAAGCGUUAUUGUGAGAGGGUACCGUCUUUGUGUCUUCAAAAAGAAUAUACAGUUAAAAUUACCCAUUUUCAGAAGCAUUUCACAGCAAGAUGGCUGAAACAAGCGCGUAUCAAGUCGGGAAUCGAAGAGGAACAUAUUGCUGUUUGCAUCACGGCCUGUGUCUUUAGUUAUUUGGCGAUUGGAGAACAUGCCCAAUUCCUGGCCAAUGCAAUUUGUGUUGUAGUGCCUUUGAUCUUGACUUUUGUCUAUGUUAACGAAAAGCCAUCGACACAGAACAUUCAGCUUUACUGGGCCGUUUUCGGCCUUAUCACCUUGUUGGACACUGGAUUUAAAAAUAGUAUUCCACUUUACUACAUUCUCAAGGUAAAGUCUGUUUAUUUUAUAGGUGUUUUGGCUUUAACUUUGCCUACAACAAAAGUUUAGAUUACAAUGGCUACUAUAACAUCGAUGUUAAUAUCAAACACUCAAUUAGCUUGUUUUAGUUGAUCAAACACACAAUUAACUUGUUUUAGUUGAUCAUACUAGCCCUUCUGUUCCUAAAACCUUUCAUGUUGGCGGAGAAAGUGAUUGAAUUUGCACGACAAUUCGAAGACAAAGACAAGAAACUGGAGGAUACGAUCAGUGAAAUUGAACAAAAGUCGAAAGGAAAGAAGUCGCCACCUCCAGAAAAGCCAGAGGCAGAAGAUGACAAGAUUGUAAAGGAGACCAAGGAUUCGCAGUCAGGAAGAGUGAGUUAAAAUGAAAAAAUAGAGUUGGUUUAUUGAGAAUGGACUUAAGCUGACAAAAAUAGGGCUGUGUUAUUGAUAAUAGCUUUUGCAUAAAGAAAAUCAUCAGUAGAUAUAAGAAGAAUCAAUUUUUAAACAAUUUUUUGUAAAAGUAUUACCUAAAUUUUUCUUUUUGAUAAUAAACCCCAUUUCCAGGGAGCAUCCGAGCCAUCUCCAACCACUAAUGAGGCAGGAGCUGGAGGAGCGGCCGCUGGUGGAGCUGGAGGCUCUGGAAAUGAUGGAGGUGCUGGAGCUGGCGCCGGAGGAGCUUGUGCAGGUGGAGCCGGAGGUGCGGGAAGUGAUGCCGCAGGUGGUGGAACUGGCGGUGCUGUAGCUGGAGGUGCUGGAGCAGGUGGUGCAGGAGGAGCAGGCGCUGGUGGAGCUGGAGUUUCAGGAAAUGAUGGAGCUGCUGGAGGAGCUGGUGCAGGUGGAGCCGGAGGUGCGGGAAGUGAUGGCACAGGUGGUGCUGGAGCUGGUGGGGCCGGAGGUGCGGGAAGUGAUGGUGCUGGAGGAGCUGGUGCUGAUGGUACUGGAGCUGCUGGAUCAGGUGCAAAAUCUCCAAGCAAAGCCAAGUCGCCCAAUGCUAAGUCACCUAAUAGUGCGACAGCCGUUCCUUCCGGUAAGAGAAAAAGGUAUAGAGAUGGCUCUAGUUAUAGUGAACAACAUGUGAUUGUAUGUUUGUUACCAUUAUUAUUAAAAAAACAUAAUUUUAGGUACAAGCCGCGACUCUGAAGGCAACCCAAGACAGAACAGCAACUACCGCGAUGAAAUGGCCAAAAACACCUCUCAAUAUCGCUUGUCCGAGGACGGCGAAGGCAUGAACUUCAAGGGCGCCGCAAUGCCAACUGCUCACAAUGACUUUGUCACGGAACCGGUCAAUAAACUGGUCUUUAAUGCUCCAUUCGAUGAGAACGUACUGUCAUACUACUUGACUGUCCGCAACAACACUCCAAGAACCAUGGCUUUUGCCAUGAAGUCGAAUGCCAUUCCUAGAAUCACCGCGAAUCCACCCAGUGGAAUUCUGAAGCCAAGACAGAAAAUUUUGAUCUGGGUUAACUUGCAGGUAAAGUCAUGGUUUUUUUAAAGCUUUAAAAGAAGGUCUAUAGAGUCAGCAAAACUUAAUGCCUCAUCUUUUUAUAUUACCGAUAAAAAGGGCUGGUAUUCCACUUCUUUACCUAAAAAACCAAUUUUAGCCCUUCAAAUGGGACUCUAUUGACGUGAGCCGAGACCGAAUCGCCUUUGACUACGUACUAUGCCCGGCAGACACCAAGAAAUUUGUCCACAAACUCUUGCAAGGCGACGAACCUCGACGUAGAAAGAACAUCUUCAUUCACUACAACCCAUAA